AUGGGUGAUACAACCUGCCCAAUGUGUGCAGGUGGGGGUGAAGAGAACAUGCAUGUCUUUGUUCGGUGCCAUUAUGCUCAAGAAGUGUGGAGAGCAGCUACUAUCCCUAUACCUACUACCAGUAUCACCGAGUUUAAGGAUUGGCUAUUAUAUUUGGUGAAAAACGUUGGCAAGGAGACAUUUGCAAAAGUCAUGAUGCUCAUUUGGGGUAUAUGGAAGAAUAGAAACACACAAGUUUGGGAAGGAAGUAAACAACAUCCACAUGAUGUGGUACUGAUGACCAUGAGUUGGCUGGAAGAUUUUGUGAAAGCUAAUGGUGAUGGAAAACAACAGUCCCCACGAAGCAACAGCUGGAGCAAGCCACCAGAGGUUUGGCUCAAAUGCAACAUUGACGGGGCCUUCAAAGCACAAUCAGGACAAAGUGGAAUGGGUUUUGUGUUUCGAGAUUCAAGGGGGCAGUUUAGAGCAGCUAAUGCUCGACCAUUGCUCUAUGUUAGCUGCUGCAUUGAACCAAGAGGAAGGAGAUCUUGCUAUGCAUGGUUUUCUGAUUGA